AUGGUUGGGCCACAGCAACGACCGCAAUCAAGCAUUUGCGAUAAUUUGCAGGAAUUGGAACAACUAAGAUCCUCCAUAGGACCCUCAAGCUCCCAGGAAUCUGGCAGAGGACCCAGGCUUGAGAUGAACAGACAGGGAAGCCUACCCAGGAAAGAGAGGAGGGUGGGUGAGCAGAAUCAUCAACUUCCACAACUAGUGCAACAUCUACCACAGCUGAGUCAACAACUUCCACUACUGAGUCAACAACUUCCACUAGUGAAGCAACAUCAACUACAGCUCCUCAAACAACUACCACAACUGAAGCAACAUCAACUACAGCAGAAUCAUCAACUUCCACAACUGGUGCAACAUCUACCACAGCUGAGUCAACAACUUCCACUAGUGAAGCAACAUCAACUACAGCUGCUCCAACAACUACCACAACUGAAUGAAGCAACAUGGACUACAGCUGAAUCAACCACUUCCACAGCUGUAGCAACAUCAACCACAGCUGAGUCAACAACUUCCCCUGGUGAGGCAACAUCAACUACAGCUGCUCCAACAACUACCACAACUGAAGCAACAUCAACCACAGCUGCCCAAUCAACUACCACAACUGAAGCAACAUUAACCACGGCUGAAUCAACAACUACCACAAAUGGAGUUACAUCAACCACAGCCGAGUCAACAACUUCCCCUGGUGAGGCAACAUCAACUACAGCUGCUCCAACAACUACCACAACUGAAGCAACAUCAACCACAGCUGAAUCAACAACUGUGGCCAAUGGAGCUACAUCAACCACAGUUGCCCCAACUACUACCACAAGUGAAGGAAGAUCAACCACAGCUGAGUCAUUAACUACCACAGCUGUAGCAACAUCAACCACUGCUGAGUCAACAACUACCACAAAUGGAGCUACAUCAACCACAGCUGAGUCAACAGCUGCCACUAGUGAAGCAACAUCAACUACAGCUGCUCCAACAACUACCAGAACUGAAGCAACAUCAACUACAACUGAAUCAAAAACUUUCGCAACUGGUGCAACAUCUACCACAGCUGAGUCAACAACUACCACAACUGAAGCAACAUCAACCACAGCUGAAUCAACAACUACUACAAAUGGAGCUACAUCAACUACAGCUGCUCCAACAACUACUACAACUGAAGCAACAUCAACAACAGCAGAAUCAUCAACUUCCACAACUGAAGCAACAUCAACCACAGCGGAGUCAACAACUUCCACUAGUGAAGCAACAUCAACUACAGCUGCUCCAACAACUACCACAACUGAAGCAACAUCAACCACUGCUGAAUCAACAACUACCACAAAUGGAGCUACAUCAACUACAGCUGCACCAACAACUACCACAACUGAAGCAACAUCAACAACAGCAGAAUCAUCAACCUCCACAACUGGUGCAACAUCUACCACAGUUGAGUCAACAACUUCCACUAGUGAAGCAACAUCAACUACAGCUGCUCCAACAACUACCACAACUGAAGCAACAUCAACCACUGCUGAAUCAACAACUACCACAAAUGGAGCUACAUCAACUACAGCUGCACCAACAACUACCACAACUGAAGCAACAUCAACAACAGCAGAAUCAUCAACUUCCACAACUGGUGCAACAUCUACCACAGUUGAGUCAACAACUUCCACUAGUGAAGCAACAUCAACGACAGCUCCUCCAACAACUACGGCAACUGAAGCAACAUCAACCACUGCUGAAUCAACAAGUACCACAAAUGGAGCUACAUCAACCACAGCUGAGUCAACAACUGCCACAACUGAAGCAACAUCAACCACUGCUGAGUCAACAACUUCCCCUGGUGAAGCAACAUCAACUACAGCUGCCCAAUCAACUACCACAAGUGAAGCAACAUGGACUACAGCUGAAUCAACCACUUCCACAGCUGUAGCAACAUCAACCACAGCUGAGUCAACAACUUCCCCUGGUGAGGCAACAUCAACUACAGCUGCUCCAACAACUACCACAACUGAAGCAACAUCAACCACAGCUGCCCAAUCAACUACCACAACUGAAGCAACAUUAACCACGGCUGAAUCAACAACUACCACAAAUGGAGUUACAUCAACCACAGCCGAGUCAACAACUUCCCCUGGUGAGGCAACAUCAACUACAGCUGCUCCAACAACUACCACAACUGAAGCAACAUCAACCACAGCUGAAUCAACAACUGUGGCCAAUGGAGCUACAUCAACCACAGUUGCCCCAACUACUACCACAACUACAUCAACCACAGCUGAGUCAACAACUUCAACUAGUGAAACAACAUCAACUACAGCUGCUCCAACAACUACCACAAGUGAAGCAACAUCAACCACCGCUGAGUCAACAACUACCACUACUGAAACUACAUCAACCACAGCAGAAUCAUCAACUUCCGCAACUGGUGCAACAUCUACCACAGCUGAGUCAACAACUACCACAACUGAAGCAACAUCAACUACAGCUGCUCCAACAACUACCACAACUGAAGCAAUAUCAACAACAGCAGAAUCAUCAACUUCCACAACUGUGGCAACAUCUACCACAGCUGAGUCAACAACUUCCCCUGGUGAGGCAACAUCAACUACAGCUGCUCCAACAACUACCACAACUGAAGCAACAUCAACCACAGCUGAAUCAACAACUGCGGCCAAUGGAGCUACAUCAACCACAGUUGCCCCAACUACUACCACAAGUGAAGGAACAUCAACUACAGCUGCUCCAACAACUACCACAGCUGAAGCAACAUCAACCACAGCUGCCCAAUCAACUACCACAACUGGAGCUACAUCAACCACAGUUGCCCCAACUACUACCACUACUGAAUCAACAUCAAACACAGUUACCCAAUCAACUACUACAAGUGAAGCAACAUCAGCCACUGCUCAGUCAACAACUACCACAAAUGGAGCUACAUCGAUCACAGCUGAGUCAUCAACUACCACUAGUGAAACAACAUCAACCACAGCUGAAUCAACAACUACCACAACUGAAGCAACAUCGACCACAGCUGCCCCAAUAAGUGUCACAACAGAUGCAACAUCAACCACAGCUGAGUCAACAACUUCUACUAGUGAAGCAACAACAACUACAGCUGCUCUAACAACUACCACAAGUGAAGCAACAUCAACCACUGCAGAAUCAACAACUGCGGCCAAUGUAGCUACAUCAACCACAGUUGCCCCAACUACUACCAGAAGUGAAGGAACAUCAAACACAGCUACCCAAUCAACUACCACAAAUGGAGCUACAUCAACCACAGCUGAGUCAACAGCUACCACUAGUGGAGCAACAUCAACUACAGCUGCUCCAACAGCUACAACAACUGAAGCAACAUCAACCACAGCUGCCCAAUCAACUACCACAACUGGAGCUACAUCAACCACAGUUGUCCCAACUACUACCACAACUGAAUCAACAUCAAACACAGUUACCCAAUCAACUACUAUAAGUGAAGCAACAUCAGCCACUGCUGAGUCAACAACUACCACAAAUGGAGCUACAUCGAUCACAGCUGAGUCAUCAACUACCACUAGUGAAACAACAUCAACCACAGCUGAAUCAACAACUACCACAACUGAAGCAACAUCGACCACAGCUGAGUCAACAACUUCUACUAGUGAAGCAACAUCAACUACAGCUGCUCCAGCAACCACCACAACUGAAGCAGUGGCAACCACUGCUGAAUCAACAACUGCGGCCAAUGUAGCUACAUCAACCACAGGUGCCCCAACUACUACCACAAGUGAAGGAACAUCAAACACAGCUACCCAAUCAACUACUAACACAACUGAAGCAACAUCAACCACAGCUGCCCAAUCAACUACCACAACUGGAGCUACAUCAACCACAGUUGCCCCAACUACUACCACAACUGAAUCAACAUCAAACACAGUUACCCAAUCAACUACUACAAGUGAAGCAACAUCAGCCACAGCUGAAUCAACAACUACCACAACUGAAGCAACAUCGACCACAGCUGCCCCAAUAAGUGUCACAACAGAUGCAACAUCAACCACAGCUGAGUCAACAACUUCUACUAGUGGAGCAACAUCAACUACAGCUGCUCCAGCAACUACCACAACUGAAGCAGUGGCAACCACUGCUGAAUCAACAACUGCGGCCAUUGUAGCUACAUCAACCACAGUUGCCCCAACUACUACCACAAGUGAAGGAACAUCACACACAGCUACCCAAUCAACUACCACAAAUGGAGCUACAUCAACCACAGCUGAGUCAACAACUUCCAGUAGUGAAGCAACAUCAACUACAGCUGCUCCAACAACUACCACAAAUGGAGCUACAUCAAUCACAGCUGAGUCAUCAACUACCAUUAAUGAAGCAACAUCAACCACAGCUGAGUCCACAACUUCCACUAGUGAAGCAACAUCGACUACAGCUGCUCCAACAACUACCACAACUGAAGCAACAUCAACCACUGCUGAAUCAACAACUGCGGCCAAUGGAGCUACAUCAACUACAGUUGCCCCAAUUACAACCACAAUUGAAGGAACAUCAAACACGGCUACCCAAUCAACUACCACAAGUGAAGCAACAUCAACCACCGCUGACUCAACAAUUACCACUAUUGAAGCUACCUCAACCACAGCAGAAUCAUCAACUUCCGCAACUGGUGCAACAUCAACCACAGCUGAGUCAACAACUUCCACUAGUGAAGCAACAUCAACUACAGCUGCUCUAACAACUACCACAAGUGAAGCAACAUCAACCACUGCAGAAUCAACAACUGCGGCCAAUGGAGCUACAUCAACCACAGUUGCCCCAACUACUACCACAAGUGACGCAACCACAGAAGAAUUAACAGCUACCACCAGUGGGGCUACAUCAAACACUGUUGAAUCACCAACUUUCACAACUGGAGCAACAUCAACCACAGCUGCUCAAACAACUACCACAACUGAAGCAAUGUCAACCACAAAUGAAUCAACAACUACUACAAGUGGGGCAGCAACAUCAACCAAGGUUGAAUCUAUACCUACCACAAGUGGAGUAACAUCAACCCCUGCUGAAUUAACAAGUUCCAAAAGUGAAGCUAAAUCAACCACAGCUGCCCCAAAUACUACCACAUCUGGAGGAACAUCAGCCGUGGCUGAAUCAAUGGUUUUGAUAAGUGGAGCUACAUUAGCCACAGCUGUUCUAACAUCUACUACAACUGGAGCAACAUUAACCACAGCCCAUUCAGCAACCACCUCAGCUGACCCAACAACUUCCACAACUAUGGCAACAGCUACAUCUUUACCAACAACAGGUGAUUCCACAUCAACCACAGUACCAUCGGCAACAGUCACAGCUGCCCCUAUAACUAACACAGCUGGUGCCAUAUCACCCACAACUUCUAUGACAGUUGCUUCUUCAACAACUGCAGCUUCCUACACAACUUUCACAACUGGAACACCUUCAGGUACAGCUGCUUCAUCAACAACCACAGCUGCUCCAAUUACUACCACUACUGGGGCAACAUCAACCAAAGCAACUUCUGCAAACACAAUAGCAGCUGGAACAAGCGCAUCUACAGCAACACCAACCGUAUCUUCCCAAACAGCUGCAUCUGCUCUGACAACAACCCUAAAAGCACAAACAACUACACCUUCUCCAGCAACAGCAGUCCCAACUUCCUCCAAAACAACUUCCUCCACCACAACCACAUCAUCAACCACAGUUGCCCAAUCUACUACAUCUCCUCCAACUACACAACCAGGUGCUUUAGCAACAACAACAGUUAAAGUAACAUUAACUGGAGCUCCCCAAACAACAACUACAUUAACUAAAACAACAGUUACUUCAGCAAUUACAACUUCUUCAUCAACAACUACGGUUGCUCCAACAACUACAGGAGGAUCUCAUCAAACAACCACAGCCUCCUCAGCAGUAAUUAACCAAACAAGCUUCCUUUUGUUCACAGCAGUUAUUACAAUUACUCUGUGGAAGUAAGAACUGGACUUUCAUCUUUUCCAUGCCAUGGUUGAUAAAAAAAAGACUUAAAAAUCUAAACUAAUUUAUAACUAUUUAUUAUCCUUGUUUAGUUUGUUUUACAUGUUUGUUUGGGCUUAUUUUAAAUGCUAUUCUCAAUGUACUAUUUAAUGCUUAUGCUUAAUAUAGACUUUCUGCAUGUUCGUUUGAGAAACAAACUUUCUUACACACUGUAGUCUGUCCAGAAAGACUUAACAAUCUAAAUUUAUUUAUAACUAUUUAUUUUCUCUGUCUGUAAGUUUGUUAUAUUUACACUUAUUUUAAAUGCUUUUCUCAAUGCACUUUCUGUAUGUUCUUUCCAGAAACAAAAUGCAUAGUCAGCUUUCUUAAAGUGGAUUAAAUUAUUGAGACAGAACUAAAUGAUUAAGUGAGCAGAUAAUAUAGACAAAAUAUGAGCAUCCUUACUACUUUUCUCAAGGAUAUUUAAAAUCUAAAUGUUUGUAAAUUGCUAUUAUCAUUUUGUAGCAACAUAAAUGUAUUUGUUGUUCACCACACAAUGGUGAUUUUUCUGUAACAUUCAUUUGAAUAUGAACUCUGAAAGUCUUAUAUUUUAGCAGUAUUACUAAA